AUGCUGUCGCGCACGAACACUAGAUACUAUUACGACGCGGAAACAAUUCACAACCUUGGGAAUGAUUGUCAUCAGCCCUGGACGGCCCAACGCUGCUUCAGCACCAGUCGAGGUGCGCGCAAGUUAUUCAAAGGGCAAGAUCCAAACCCAGAGAACCCACCAACAUGGGAACGAUUCCUCAAAUUCGCAGGAAGGAAGGAUAAUAAAGACUUGAAGCCAGACGAUCUCCCAAAUCACGACGAAUAUGCUGAUGGCUCGUCAAUCUUCAACAACCGGCGAACACUUGCGGCCAAAGCUGCAUCCGAGCCUCGACUGCGAUGCACGGAAGUCGACGAGCAUGGGAACGUCAUUCUUGUUGAUGGAGAAUUCAAGAAGACUGAACUUAUUGCAAAGUUCGGCUUGUUGCCUCGUGAUUUGCGAAAGAUUGACUCGUCAAACUUGCCUCACAUCCUUAUUCGCCCUUCGGCCAUUUUGCUAAACCUACUCCAUCUCAAGGUCCUGAUCAAACAUGACCGAGUGCUUCUAUUCGAUAUUUACGGCUCAAAAACAUCGUACCCCCAAUCGGCCUUCAUGUACGACUUGCAGGGCAAACUACAACAGAAGAAUACACAGGCAUCAGGCGCUCUGCCAUAUGAGUUCCGGGCAUUGGAAGCGGUGUUGACCUCAGUGACGUCUGAACUUGAAGCUGAUUUCGAGGCGGUGCGGGAGCCGGUCAUGCAUAUUCUUAGCGAGCUGGAGGAUGAUAUUGAUCGAAGCAAGCUCAGAAUGCUCCUUAUUCUAUCCAAGCGAGUGAGCACCUUUGAGCAAAAAGCAAAGUUGGUUCGGGAUGCCAUCGAAGACCUCCUCGAAGCCGACGAUGAUCUCUCUGCCAUGUACUUGACGGAGAAAACACAUGAUCUUUACAGGGGAGAGGAUGACCACACGGAGGUUGAGAUGCUUUUGGAGUCUUAUCACAAGCUGACUGACGAAAUCGUGCAAGAAGCCGGCAACCUUGUCUCGGGCAUCCGAAACACGGAGGAAAUCGUUCGUGCAAUUCUGGACGCCAAUCGAAACGCUCUCAUGUUGCUUGAUCUCAAAUUCAGCGUUGGGACGCUAGGCCUAGCCAUGGGAACGUUCCUUGCUGGUCUCUACGGCAUGAACUUGGAGAACUUUAUCGAGGAGACAAACUGGGGUUUCGCUGGCGUCACUGGUGUCUCAGUCGUCUUCUCGCUUAUCGUAUGCUGGUAUGGCCUAACAAAGCUGCGCCGCGUGCAGCGCAUCAAGAUGAUGGAUGACGAGCGACCGCGGAUCCCCCGCGGGCAGGCCUAUUUUCCCGAUGAUCGCUCGGCGCUGGGGCUCCUUGAUAACAGGAACCGCGAAAUGUUGCGGCGAAUCAACAUGCAGAAGGCCGUAUCGCAAAAGAAGAAGUGGUUUGCAUGA